AUGAGGGAAAACCAGACCCAGGUGACUGAAUUUGUGUUGGUUGGGUUUUCUGCUUUUCCAGACCUGCAGGGAGUGCUGUUUGUGGUGUUCCUCUUCAUGUACCUCAUGACCCUGGCUGGAAAUCUGGCCAUAAUGGCUGUGAUCUGGACUGACAGGCACCUGCACACCCCAAUGUACCUUUAUCUGGGGGCUUUGUCCUUCUCCGAGACCUGUUAUACCUUUGUUAUUAUCCCUAAGGCACUAGUGGACCUGGUGUCAGAGGGCAGAAUCAUCUCGCUCACAGGAUGUGUUGCACAGAUGUUCUUCUUUCUUGGACUAGGGAGCACAAACUGUGCCAUUUUAAUAGUCAUGGGCUAUGACCGGUAUCUGGCAAUAUGUCACCCCUUGCGCUAUGGGAGGCUCAUGAGCCUGCAUGUUUUCGUUAAGCUGGUGGUUGGGUCUUGGAUCAGUGGGUUCUUAGUGUCCUUGGUGGAGACAACACUGAUAUUUCAGUCUCCCUUCUGCAGGUCUAACAUUAUUAACCACUUCUUUUGCCACAUGAGGCCUGUUCUCAGCUUGGCCUGCAUAGAUAGCAGCACCAUUGAGGUUGCCGUCUCCAUGAUCUCCAUGCUGGGCUUGUCGGGAAGCUUCCUGCUCAUAGUACUGACAUACUUGCUCAUCUUGGGUACCAUCGUGCAGCUGCCAUCAGCCAGUGGAAAAAGGGAGAAAGCCUUCUCCACCUGCGCUGCCCACCUCACUGUGGUGGUCAUGCACUUUGGCUUUGCCUCCAUUAUCUACCUCAAGCCUAGCCCACGUGGUUCAAUGGAGGAGGACACACUGAUGUCUGUGCCCUACACCAUUCUCACACCAUUCCUGAGCCCCAUGAUCUUUACCCUGAGGAACAAAGAAAUGAAAAUUGCCCUGAGGAAAGCAUUUGGCAAAAGAAUAUUCUCUUAG